AUGGUUAAAGUACUACUUCCAGAGGGGACUGGAAGACGGGCACGCUUUGAGGGUUGUCUGGCCUCAGUGGGACUUAACCCUUUCCUCCUCUCUGUCCACUACGGAGCCAAACAGGCCCAACGGGGAGAUGGGGGUGUCGAGAAGAGCCAUCCUUUCAGCAUCCUUAAUCUCAGUGAGAUUAAGCCACAUGUGGUGCUCCAGCUAGUGUCGGGUCAGCACGUCAUCAGUCUCUUUAGGAGGCAGAGGGACAGAGUCAUCGCCAGAGUUUGCACUCUUCGCACUGAGAGGCCCGCCAAACAAGACCAGCCAAAUGAGACCAUGCCACUUGUGCCAGAUGAGGAGCCUCGAGAUGGGAAGGACAUGAGGGCGUGGGGUGGACCAUUGCAAGGCUCAGCUUUUAUCGCCAUGUGGGCAGCUGGAGUCCAAAAGAGCAGUCGCCAUAUGGCCACAGGGGAGAUCACUGAAUCAGCUUGCUUGCUGAAGCAUUAUUGUUCCGCUGCAAGGCUCGUUCAACAGCAAGAAGAGCGGUUAGAGGUUUCAGUCUUCUUCAGAGCACUUGGGUUACUGAAUAUUAGAUCUAUUUCUUCAAAAGCACUUAUUGUAAAUGAAAUUAUCACAGACAAUAAACUAGACUUGCUGUGUUUGACAGAAACCUGGCUAAAACCAGACGAUUACAUUACUUUAAAUGAAUCUAGUCCUCAAGGUUAUGAUUAUCGACACAAUCCUCGACAGAAAGGCAAAGGGGGAGGUGUUGCUGUAAUUUAUAGUAAUAUAUUCAGAAUCAUUCAAAAGAAUUUCAAAUAUAACUCCUUUGAAGUGAUGGUGCUUUAUGUAACAUUAUGUAAGUUGACAUUUGUGCUGGCUACUGUAUACAGGCCACCAGGAGACCAUACUGACUUUAUCAAAGAAUUUGCUGAUUUUCUAUUAGAGUUAGUACUGGCUGCGGAUAAAGUCCUUGUUGUUGGUGAUUUUAAUAUCCAUGUAGAUAAUAAUAAAGACGCAUUUGGAUUGGCAUUUGCAGACAUUUUAAACUCUAUUGGAGUUAGACAACACGUGUCAGGACCCACUCAUUGUCAUAAUCAUACCUUAGAUCUAAUACUGUCGCAUGGAAUUGAUAUUGAUGCUGUUGAAAUUCUACAGCAGAGCGAUGAUAUAUCAGAUCAUUAUUUAGAUGCAGUCGCUCCUUUACGUCUAAAGAAGAUUAAGGAAACUAAUCCAACGCCGUGGUAUGAUGAGCACACUCGGGCUCUAAAACGAGCAGUUAGAAAAACUGAACGUAGUUGGAAGAAAACAAAACUAGAAGUUUUUCGCCUUUCGUGGAAAGAAAAAAUGAUUGAGUACAGAACGGCUAUAAGAAAUGCUAGAUCUACUUAUUUUUCAAAUCUCUUAAUAGAAAACAAACAUAAUCCUAGGUAUUUAUUUGACACAGUGGCUAAAUUAACUAGAAACAGAGAUUCAACUGCUGACGUUUCCAUAGAGCACAGCAGUAAUGACUUUAUGAACUUCUUUACUUGCAAGAUUGAUAAUAUUAGAGAGAAAAUUAAAAACAUGCAACCGUCCACAGUUUCGCUUCAGACAGUGCACUGUAGUGUCCCUGAGGUAAAACUAGAAUCAUUCGCCGCUAUAGGAGAGGAAGAAUUAUCUAAACUUAUCAAAUCAUCAAAAUCAACGACAUGUAUGUUAGACCCAAUGCCGACUAAACUACUGAAAGAAAUGCUUCCAGAGGUCGUAGGUCCACUUCUUGAUAUAAUUAAUUCAUCCUUAACACUAGGAUACGUGCCAAAAACCUUUAAGCAGGCUAUUAUUAAACCUUAUAUAAAACCUCAACUAGAUCCGAGAGAUUUAGUAAAUUACAGGCCAAUCUCGAAUCUACCUUUUCUGUCAAAGAUACUAGAAAAGGCAGUUUCAACACAACUGUGCUCCUUUUUAGAAAGAAAUGGAAUCUGUGAGGAUUUCCAGUCAGGAUUUAGACCAUACCAUAGUACUGAGACUGCUCUCGUUAGAGUUACAAAUGAUCUACUCUUAUCAUCCGAUCGUGGCUGUAUUUCUCUAUUAGUGUUAUUAGAUCUCAGUGCUGCUUUUGACACUAUCGAUCACAACAUUCUUUUAAAAAGACUUGAAAACUAUAUUGGCAUUAGUGGAAUUGCUUUGGCAUGGUUCAAAUCGUACUUAUCUGACCGUUAUCAGUCUGUAGUAGUUAAUGAAGAGAUGUCGUAUCGCUCACAAGUUCAAUAUGGAGUACCACAAGGCUCAGUACUAGGACCGUUGCUUUUCACUCUGUACAUGCUGCCCUUAGGAGAGAUAAUUAGGAAGCAUGGUGUUAGUUUUCACUGCUACGCUGAUGAUACUCAGCUCUAUAUUUCCUCGCGCCCUGACGAAACCUACAAAUUCACAAAACUAACAGAAUGCAUAGCUGACAUUAAAAACUGGAUGACAAGAAAUUUCUUAUUAUUAAAUUCAGAAAAAACUGAUAUCCUAAUCUUUGGACCAAAAACUUCCUCACGAAAAAACCUUGAAUACUCCCUAACGCUUGACGGGUGCUCCAUUAAACCUUCGUCCUCAGUUAGGAACCUGGGUGUGCUCUUCGAUACCAAUCUUUCAUUUGAAAGUCAUGUUUCUAGUAUCUGUAAAACCGCCUUCUUCCAUCUAAAAAAUAUAUCUAAAUUACGACAUAUGCUCUCAAUGACAAAUGCGGAACAGUUGGUUCAUGCAUUCAUGACCUCAAGACUAGAUUAUUGUAACGCUCAACUGGGUGGUUGUUCUGCUCGGCUUUUAAACAGACUACAGUUGGUCCAAAAUGCGGCAGCUAGAGUUCUUACUAGAACCAGAAAGUAUGACCAUAUUAGUCCAGUUCUGUCAACAUUACAUUGGCUCCCUAUUAAACAUCGUAUAGAUUUUAAAAUCUUGCUACUUACUUAUAAAGCUCUAAAUGGUUUAGCUCCCCAGUACCUAAGUGAGCUCUUAAUGCAUUAUAGUCCUUCACGUUUAUUGCGAUCUCAGAAUUCAGGCCAGUUGAUAAUACCCAGAAUAUCAAAAUCAACUGAAGGCGGCAGAUCCUUUUCCUAUUUAGCACCUAAACUCUGGAACAAUCUUCCUAGCAUUGUUCGGGAAGCAGACACACUCUGUCAGUUUAAAUCUAGACUAAAAACACAU